UCGGGUUGCGCUGCCCCGGAGGCCCAUCUGCCCCUUAUAUUUGAGUCCCUGUUGUCUCAUUGGCAGCUUUCUGAGCAGCUGCAAAAUAUGUUUUUAACUUUUAGUGGAAGUUGGGAUCACCAACGUCUGGCCUGGAACAGUCACUCUCAGCAAGGGCUCUUUCAGCUCUGACAUUUCCUAGCUUUACGGACUUGGCACCCCAGUCGUCUGCCUGGUCGUCCUUCCUCGCAGAUCAUCUGUUCCAGUCGCCUCGCAACCAGAGCUCGGCGACAAGAGCCGAACGGGGACGAGAGGUGCUCGCGCGCGCUCAGAGGGCGGCCGCAGCACCGCCCUCCCCGGAAGACCAUGCUGCGAGGCAAGUCCCGGCUCAACGUGGAGUGGCUGGGCUACUCCCCGGGCCUGCUCCUGGAGCGCAGACCGCUCCUGGCAGGGCGCACGCCCCGCAGCCCGAGCCGAAAUGAAAGUUCAUUAGCAUCCACUCUGAAGACGCUCCUGUUCUUCACAGCUUUAAUGAUCACUGUACCUAUUGGGUUAUAUUUCACGACUAAAUCUUAUGUUUUUGAAGGUGCCUUUGGAAUGUCCAAUAGGGACAGCUGUUUUUAUGCUGCUAUUGUUGCAGUGGUCGCCGUCCACGUGGUGCUGGCCCUCUUUGUUUAUGUGGCCUGGAAUGAAGGCUCACGGCAGUGGCGUGAAGGCAAACAGGAUUAAAGUGAACAGCACCUUUCAAUAGCACUAAAUUGAUUUUUUUAAAUGGUAAAUGCAUCUGGGAUAUUGAUGAUUUCAAUAAUGUUGAAAGAACAUGUUAAAAUCAAUCUUAUCUAGUCACAUUUGACUAGUGUAAAUUUUGAUCCUUCUAAAACAAUAGUUUGUAGCAUCAGUUUUAACUGUAUGAGUCUCUCAUUUGCAAAUGAGAAUUUGGAAAAGUUAAAUUGGUUACAAAUAAGUAUGUGAAAUUACACAUUAUUCUGGGAAGAAUUUGAUUAUCUUACAACAAAAAAAAUGUUUUCUAGCAUUUUGUCUUGUUUGGUUCUGAGUUUUACUCCUCUGGAUAUAUUCAGAUGUACAUAGUUGAGCAAAUCUAAACUUUAUUUUUUGCUGGAACACUUUCCCUAACUAUCAAGAAAAUAUCAGGUCAUUGGAUUUGGGGUUGUAAAUGCCUAUUGAAAAUUGCUUAAAUUGUGGCCACUGGAAUUAAUCUGAAUGUCACUGAGAAAUUUUGCAUCAAGUGUAAUCCCUAGUCAAUAGAAAUCUUUCAUUACAUUAUUUCAUGGGGAAACUAGGCUGAAUCACACCCAUUCAUGUAAAAGGAUCAGGUUUAUUGAAGAAUGCAGAUAGCAAAGCAAAGAGCUAGCCGCCUGGGCACCUGGCCUGCUCCCUAAAGGCCCCUUGCAGGCCAGCCUCCUGCUUUCAGAUGAACUCUUUAAUGAUCUGCUUUGCUCUGUCAUUCAACAAAGAACUUAUGCUUUAAUUAUAAGGUUGUGUAAACUCCGUUUAAAUUUGUUUUUCCUACUUUUUAAUAAUGUAUAUGAAGGAAUUUACAUUUAAGUGUGUUCUUUUUUGCACACUUAGGGAAUGUAAACAAUCAUGAAAAUAGAUUAUUUUUAUCGCCCAGGAAGUAUUCUUGGAAUUUCUAGUCUAGUCUUUUAAAUCAGUGCUGUUGUAUCCCAGAUACGUAUAGUUAGAUAAUCCUUGAGGUCCUUUCUGAUAGAAAAAGACCCUGUGGUUUUACUUUAGUAUCCUUGGUCUGUGUUCUUUCUAGCCACUUGGUACUACUUCCGUGUAAUGUAAAAACACACCCGAAAAAAUGCAUAUUAAAACAGGAAGAAAAUUUAUAUUCCCUGUAAUAUUGCCACCUGAAGGUGACCACUAUUUUGGUUUACAUCCUAUGUGCAUUUCUUAAUGCUAGUUUUUAUGUCCACUAAAAGUUUGGUUUAAGUUCAGAUUCUGCCAGUUUUACCUAGAGGGUAUUUGCAUUUUUUCAGAUGCUGUUUUCUUAAAAAGCACAUUCUACCUUUACUCUUGUAACUAGAUAUCUCAUUCUACAAAUUUCCUGUCAUUGAUAAUUCCUAAUGCAAUGGCUCUUGCUGUGAGUGUUUGCCAUUACUGAUUUUGUUUGUUCACCCCUAUUUUUGAUGUUGUGGAAUUGGACUAAAGGAGAGGAGAGGUAGUUAGGCAUUUGUGUUUAAUUGUCGAGAAAAAAAUAAAAGAUGAUUAUUGUAGGACGAUUUUACUCUUGCUUAUAGUUAAAUGUUAUCUACAGUUUAAAUGUCUUAAGUAGUUAUUCUAAAUGUAAAAUGUUUUCUUAAAAAGAUUACAGUUUUGGUAUAAAAUUGUACAAAUUUAAUAUGAAAUUGUAGAAUACUUCAGUUUGAGUCUAGUGUACUGUGUGGUAGAUUUCUAGAUGGUCCCCUCUUUAGAUGCCUUGUUAUACUUAGGAUUCGUCCACCUAAUUUCUUUUUCUAUAAUGCCAAGGUUUUUCUUGUACUUUUGGGAUCUUAUGCUAUUUGUAAAAUACUAAUGUCAAAUAUUGAAUUAUUUUGUUUGAUUUCAGACAUUUGCUAAGUAGAUAAUAUGAGUGUUUUUCUGCAAGUAUUUAAACUUGGGAUUCAUGCAAAAGCAGCUGUAAUUUCCUCUUGGAAAAGGUACCAAGCAUUUGAAAGUUUGAAUCAGAUGCUAAGGUUGAUAUUUGGGAUUAUUACAACAUAGAUUUGAUUUCAAACCAGUUAAUAUUUUCUUAGGGUCUUAACUGUUAACUUACUAGUUUGCUGCUGUUGAAAUAACAUGGUAUUUGACAAAUUUAUUUUUCAAGAUGUCUCAGUGAUUUCCUCUUGUACAAUGUAUAUACUUCAGGAUGUACAGAAAGGAAAGCUACAAUUGAGCCCUUACAUAAAUGUUUUAAGGUAGGAAAAUGUUCACUAUUGUUUGAAAACUGAUUGUAAGAAUAACCUCAAUUAGGAAGUGUAACUUGAAGUGUCAGUACAGGCUACUGAUUUAACACAUGACCUUCUUCACCUCGCCUCCCAUUUUGCUCCCCCAGAGUAUAAUCUUUUUUCUCAUUGUGCUAAAAAACGAAAAGUCUGCUGUAGAAUGCAUCUGAUGUCAUUAGCUCUUCAAGUGGAUACCAUUUUACAUGUGACAGCAGAAUUCGGUUUUGAGUUGUUAUUGAAUAAAUUUAAACCCUCCACAAAAACGAAAAACAACCUGCGUUUCAUGGGAAUCUAACAGAAAUAUACUGUAAGAUUAUUUUCAUCAUGAAGAUCUCAUCAGCUUUGCCCAAAAAGCACCUGCUUGACUUAUUUGGUGUUUAUUUUCUGUUUUCAUAUAAAUUUUAUAUAUACACCUAGAGUACCCAAGGAGACCAGUUAAACAGGGUGUACCCAAGGAAAGAUGAAAGCUGAAGGUACGUGAGGCUCUUAAAGAAGUUAUAUCCUGUUUUAAAUGUGUCUAGUGUAUAUUUCUUGUCUCCAGACAAGUUCACGUUUAUUGUUUUAUUUAUGCUCAAGUGAAGUUGUAGAUUGUUGUUAGGCCCAUUUUAUAAAUGGUUUGCCUAUGACACAGAAUUUGUCACUUGUUAGGUCAGCAGCAGAUUUCUCUGCUGUCAGGCACUCUGUGCUCCAUCAGAGCAGUACAACUUUAUUAACUCAGACGCUUACAUUUAAGAUAGUUUUUGCAAGAGCUGGGCUGAAGCUGCACAUUCAUAACUUGACAAGAUUUCUUUUUCCUUUUUGUAGGGGGGAAAGGGUCACCUGAGAAAAUAAUUAUUUUCGUGGACUUUGGGAACCUAAUAACAAAUAUUACAUGUAACCUAUGAACAGAUUGAUCCUUUAUAUGUUCAUUAAAAUAGUCUGGAAUUCCUCAAAUUACCGUCACUUCUGGCCACACUUUCCUUGCCUAUUUUGUUGCUACGUGUACUUGAAAGUAACAUCUGCGUUCCUUUGAAGAUGUUCUAUAGGUCAUAUUUGUCAGUUACACAGACUAGUCUUCCUUUUUCUCCAGUUCAGUGAAGUCUCACUGAACAGUAAUAAUAGCAAUAGCUAACAUCUGCACAGCACCUUACAGUUUGCAAAGAACGUUCACAUUUUCUCGUUUUUUUUGCAUAGUGAACCUGUUACGAGAUUUCUCUUGACCUUGAUGCUAAAAGUGUUAGAAUCUUUUAAGUCACUAGAGUCACUGAAUAUGCUGUAGUCUUGGAUAGCGCCCUAACAAGGGGCAGAGUUUAGAUGCGCUACCUUGAAAGCUGCGUGUAAUUAUCAAAAUGGGGGGCUUGAGUUCUUUAGCCACUUGAAUCACAUUUACUUUUGUAAGUGGUGCUUUUCUAACUGUUAUGUGGAUGAGUUUUGUAUUCAUUAUAUUCUAACCUGUAAUUUGUAUAAAUUUACCAUCUGUUGUCAUUAAAAAAGUGUUCUUA